UUUUCAUUAAAAUUCAUCUUGUUUAUAGAGUAAAUAAAAUACGAGCUAUCUUGCUUCAAAUAAUAAUGUAACAGUUGCACAUCGCUGCCAACAUCAAACGGGAGCUCACUCAUAAACAAGAAUAAAAGGCCUUUCCUCUGAUUCCUUUGAGUCUUUUUGCUCCGCCGCCACACAACCAAGAUGCACUCCACAUUAUUCGCAUCAUAUUUAUGUUUCAUUCACUUUGUCAUUGUAAAAAGCGAGAAUUCUACGCUAACGGCAUCUGGCGAUUCAGGACAAAUAGAAGACACUGCCGAAUGCGUCUUAAAAUUGUCCGCAAAAUAUUUCGUAGAGAAAAAAGCUCUAAGCGGAAGCAUAGUCAUAAUCAAUAUUAACUCUUAUACCUCUACGACGCAGAUGCUAUUAUUGCGCACCAUCCACAGCGGCAUUAAAUAUUCCGUUAUGGUAAAAGAUUCAUUCUAUAAACAUGCUAACGCGUCCCAUUUCCCUGAGAAAGCUAAAAAUUAUAUGCUGAUUUUGGAAGAGAAAUCUGAGCUUGUAAGAAACAUUCUGCAGCUGAACAAGCUGCCAACUUGGAAUCCUUUAGCUAAAGCUAUUAUUUAUUAUCAACUCUUGCCAGAUGAAGAUGGUGAAACAAUCGCAAAGAAAUUUAUCAACGAACUGAGAGAAUACAAGCUUCUGAAAAGCAUAGUCUUUAUUUAUUCCCCAGACGAUGCAGGAUUGAUUUCAUAUACGUGGGCGCCUUAUAGCGAUACGAAUUGUGGAGGGGAAUGCGAUUCCGUUUAUAUUCUAGAUACAUGUAAAAAUAGCAUUGUGAGACAGAAGAAUGCUCAGAGAGAAAUGUUCCCACUUAACAUGAAACAAUGUCCUCUUGUGACACAAGCCAUUAUCUCGGAACCUUAUGUAAUGCCACCGGUCCGCCAAUUAACAAACACUCCCUACCCCGACGCUUACGAAUUCCAAAAAGGCGGUGAAAUUAAUCUAGUUAAACUGAUUAGCGAGUUCACAAACAUGAGUCUGAUUGUGAGAAUAUCUGAUGUACCGGAAAAUUGGGGACUCAUUUACCCGAACGGGACGGCGACGGGCGCUUACGGAAUCCUACGUAACGACUCGGUUGAUUUGGUGAUCGGUGACAUAGAAGUUACGAGGACCAUCCGCAAGUGGUUUUAUCCAACCGUGAGUUACACGCAGGACGAGAUGACGUGGUGCGUGCCCAAGUCUGCCCAAGCGUCCACUUGGAACAAUUUGGUGAUCAUAUUUCAAUGGACGACGUGGGUGGCCACGUUGCUGAGCAUAGUCACAAUGGGAAUAAUUUUUCAUUAUAUUUAUUACAGAGAAAAUGAUAGAAAAGUGACAAAACUACCGACUAAUUCGUUGCUAUACACGUUUAGUAUGAUACUAGGUUGGGGCGCAUCGUUUAAACCAAAGAUGGCAACGUUCCGGAUCCUAAUCUUCGCUUGGCUAUUCUUUGGUAUGAUCAUGAGCAUAUCGUACGAGUCGUUUCUGAGAACUUUUCUAAUGCACCCGCGAUACGAGAAGCAGAUAAGCUCUGAGACUGAUCUCAUCCAGUCCGGCAUUCCUUUGGGAGGCAGAGCGAUCUACAGAUCCUAUUUUGAGACUAAUAACGCGAGUUCGUUUUAUUUGUAUCGCAAAUACAUCUCGACGAGUUUCUCUGAAGGGAUUAAACGGGCAGCUUUGAAAAGGAAUUUCGCCAUAGUGGCAUCGCGUCGUCAAGCGGAAUAUCAGGAUCAGAAACUAGGUAAAGGAGAGCAACUUUUAUACUGUUUUAAAGAAGGCAACAAUCUUUACAAAUACGGUGUAGUAUUGCUUGCACGGCGCUGGUUUCCUAUGCUAGAGCGCUUUAACAAUAUCAUACGCAGUGUAUCCGAAAAUGGGCUUAUAGAGAAAUGGAAUCAAGAAUUGUUUAUUCAUACUGUAGGCGUGGAUGGGACAAGCAAAGUACUGCCUCUAGGUAUUCGGCAUUUAUUGGGUGCCUUCAUGUUUAUAGGUAUUAUGUACGCGGCUAGCAUUUUAGUGUUUGUAGUGGAGUUGCUUUUGAAUGUGUCAAAGAGACGUAAAAGUAAUAAGCCCACUGUCAUGCCCGUUUAUCGAGUGAAGAUAAUUCAAGGCAAUAAUAAAAAGUUGCAGUUAUCAGACUACGAGGGUCGGUCUAAUCUGUUUUCCUAGCUGAUUAGUUGA